AUGGGUCUGGAGCCGGAGGCUUCCACUCCGCCACAACCCGAAGCUGCCCCCCAGAAGGAGGCCGCCAAACCUGCUGCAGCGGCGGAGGCAGCGACAGCAGCUCCGGACGCUGAAGCCGAGCCCUCCCUAGCUGAGCCAGCAGCUGAGGGGGCUGCUGCCAUGGCGGAGGCUGCAGCGCCAGGGGCAGCAAGGGCGGCGGCACCGGAGGGGGCAGAGGCCGCGGCACCGGGGGCCGCUGAAGUCCGUCUGGGCGAUCGCAUCAACUCCGUCUCCGCCCGCUACGCCGAGGAGCGCGCCAAGCUCGUGCUGGGGCGCGAGCUUCUGCAGGAGGAGCUGGAGCAAGCUCGCGUCCGGGAGGCGGCGGCGCUCCAACGGGAGAAAGAGGCCACGCGGCGGGAAGCGGAAGCCCUUAAGGGGCUGAUCGCCGUGGAGGAGAGGAUGCAGGCGGCAGCGGACAGGGAGCGGACCGCCCGAGAGCUGGCGGCUGAAGUCAGGAGGGCUUCGGCAAUCGUCGAGGCGGAAAAGUCCGCCCUCGCAGAUUUGGCAGCAGCGGAUUUUCGCUGUACAUGUGACAAUAGCUUGAGAGUUGAACAGAUGGCGCUUAGAGAUAUAUCAUGUCAUUUCAUAUCUAUGGGCAAAGAUAUCAAGCACUAUAGUCUUCUGGAGCUACACGAGACUGAUGAAGAGCGAUCGAGGGAUCAUUAUAGGGAACUUACUAAGGAGCAGAACCUUGGGUUUGAUGAGGAUCAUCUGAAAAUUGUUGAUACACUUAAUGCAGAACAAAUGGCUAGUUAUGAGGAAAUGCUUGAUCAUGUUUCGAAUAACAAAGGACACGUGUUCUUUGUAGAUGGUCCAGAUGGCACCGGUAAAACUUAUCUCUACAAGGCUUUGAUUGCUAAGAUGCGGUCGAUGGAUCUUAUUGCUGUUGCUACUGCUACAUCUGGUAUAGCUGCCUCCAUUAUGCUUGAUGGGCGCACCGCACAUUCCCGGUUCAAGAUUCCAAUAAAGUUGAGUGGCAAUACUUUGUGUAGUUUUACAAAGCAGAGUGGCACAACUGAGCUGGUUAGAAGGGCAUCUUUGAUAAUAUGGGAUGAGGUUGCAAUGACUAAGAGGCAGGCAGUUGAGGCUCUUGACAGGUCAUUGCGGGAUAUAAUGGGUUGUGGUAAGCCAUUUGAUGGGAAGGUUAUGUUGUUUGGUGGCGACUUCGGACAGGUUCUUCCUAUGGUGCCGCAUGGUAAGAGGGCGUUCAUUCCAAGGAUUCCAAUAUCUCCUUCCGAAGACCUCACCCUUCCGUUCAAGUUUAAGAGGAAGCAAUUCCCCAUCCGGUUGAGUUUUGCGAUGAUAAUUAAUAAGGCGCAGGGUUAG